AUACAUGCUUAUGAAAAACGCGGCCUCGGGACGUUCGAAAACGGAAUUACCUGCUUUGUACGAUGAGUUAGAGACCAAGAUAUGAACGAGAAUUGAAGAAAAAGAUGGUGAUUUUUUAAAGUCCUUAAGUGGAGUCGUGUCUAUCUGAAAAAAUAUUGAUAGUUUGGGAACGAAACAGAAAUAUGAAAGACGAAACUCAUGUUGAAAACCGCUCAUUGAAGAAAUGAAUGCAUUUUCUCAAACAAGUAAAAGGCGAAGAAAUUAUAGAAAUAGUGCGAAGUGGUUUCUGUUCUCCUUUCAAUUAAAGAAAAAAGAGGUAGUAAAUAAAUUGAAUAAUUACCUUACAGCUGCGACACUGGUAAGCACUCAUGGUUGGAAUAGCAGAGGUGCCCCGUGAGUGCCGCCAAGCUGGGUGAACGCAGGCCAUCGAUGGGGGAUGAUAGCGAGUGCCACUACCGGCUGGUCAGCCUGGGUGGCGCCGCUGUGGGCAAGAGCUCCAUCCUCAAAAGAUUCCUUUUCGGCACCUACUGUGACAGGCACAGGCCUACAGUGGAAGAUCUCUACAGCAGAGAAUUCGACAUAGCGGGAAUGCAGUUAAAAGUGACAUUUCUGGACACAGCUGGAGACUUGCAGUUUCCGGCCAUGCGUCGUUUGUCGAUAGCCAAUGGUCAGGCCUUUCUUCUGGUCUACAGUGUGGACAGUGAAGAAUCUUUCCGCAUCAUCAAACAAUGUUUUGAAGAAAUAAGAGAACAGAAACCUGACUUCCAGGAAUUGCCUAUCAUGGUUGUUGGGAACAAAUGUGACGUUCCUGAAGAACGUCGCCAAGUGAAGAAAGAGGAUGUGAACGAGUGGGUCUUCUGUGAGCUACCGAAGAUCCGAGCGAAGAUUAUAGAAUGCUCUGCUAAAGACAACUUAAAUAUCCGAGAAAUUUUUAAAUCAUUCCUCCAGUUAGCGAAGAUAGCUCUCCCGACCGAGACAAAUGCCCUUCGAAGAAGAUCUAGUACACAUGUGUCUAUUGGAAGGCCACCCAGAUUCAACUCGAGUUUAAGUCCUGCACGUGAGCAACAGGCAGAGAGCAAUCCCGAAACAGCUCAGCAACAGUCAACCUCUCAAAAAUCCACCAAACCACGCAGUCGCAGUCUGAUUCGUCGAACGAGCAAAAAAUCGAGCAAACUGAAGGAUGCGGCCGCAACUCCAGGAUGUAGCGCUGAUGGUGAUUGUCAUAUCUCGUGAAUGUUUAGAGAGUCGAGGAAUGUUUGUCUUGGACAUAAAAUACACAUUGUUGUCUGUGUUUGAGAAUUGCAUACUGUGGCAAAUAGAAGCGUCAGCUGAACAGAGAGCUGUUUACAGUUGACCAGAAUGUAUUGUAUGUGAAAUGUGAAUAAUAGUAUGGCUGAAUUGAAAUCGAUUCGAGUAUCUUCGAAUUUAGCACGCAAAACUACUUGGUUACAAAUAUUUAUUUUUCGAUGUCUUGUUGUUAUGUGGAAGUUAUAAUUUCGCUGAACCUGAGGGUGAUAUGUAUUUAUACAUGUGUGGAUUCUGAUUGAUGUAUAUAUAAUAUUAUACUACGUAGAAUAAUGGAAUCAUGGUUUGUUCCUAAUUAAUUGUUAAUGCAUUCCCCUAUCACAAGUAAUUUGUUA